ACUCGUUCAUAUUUUACGUUUAAAGCAGCUCUUCUUGAGUCCGGGUUAUAGAUUAAUCUCUUAGUUAUUAAACGGUGAUUGGGUGAAGUCUCCGUUUUGUUGCUUUAAAGGCGAAUUUCUCACAUUACAUCAAGACAGGCUGCUCUGGGUUGAUUAGUUUGGUCUGUUCAGGCUGAAACACAAGGGAAGAAGCAUUUUUUUUAUUGAACGCGUUAACGAGCAACUGAAGCCUGUCCGGUUUCUUUACCCUCUAACUUUGUGAAUUAACCACCUCCGUGUCCGUCUGGAGUCAUGCUGCCGCUGAAGGAGAAGGAUAAACCCAUCGUCCAGAAGCUGCUGUCGGCCGGCUGCUGCGCUCGCUGCGUCCUCAGGUUCUGCUGUGUGAGCGUCCAGGCCGCCUACCGACAACCCCAACAGGAUACGCUCAAGGAACUAAAAGCUUUGAUCAGCAACGCAGAGAACAGCAAAUCCCCAGAUUCAGCAGAAGCAGAGUCCACAGAUGGAAACAACAAACCCCACGAUGCAGCAGUGUCAGAACCGCCCGAAGGCCCACCGAGUAAAAGAGCGAAGCUGGAGCUCAGUGCGACUGACGCUCCAGCAGAGGAAGACGCUGCUGCUGUGGUCGAACAGACGGACGAGGAGUCGUGUGUGUGUGUGGUGUGUUUGGGGGUCCUGCAGGAACUCUGUGGCCCCACGCAGGCCGUAAAGAUAGCCGAGGCAGUGAAGGCAGAGAAGUACGAGUUCGACACCCUGGUGCUGUCUGUCUCUCUGCCCGCUCAGCUGUGUGUCCGAGAGCACUCCUGUUGGCUCCACGUGAAGAAGGAACUGAGAGAGAAGAGCAUCGCACUCGACAAGGACGACGUCAUCCAGGUGAAGGAGGCCUUCAAGUGGAUCAUGCAGGGCCUGGUCGCCAAGGCGCUGGGGGGCGUUGCCGUGGUUACCAGGGUAGACGCCGACUGCCACUUCCUAGCAACGACGUGUCCCGACUGCUUCAAACCCACCAAGAACAAACAGUCGGUGUUCACAAGGAUGGCGGUGGUCAAAGCUCUGGAAAAGAUAGCCGACGCCAAAUUUCUAAAACACUACCCUUGUCCACCAGCGCAGCCGAGCAGCAGCUGCAUCCCUCAGGACAUCCAGUGUCUCCACGGGUCUGUCUUUGUGGCAGGGAGGUACAACAAGUUCUGUCGCAGCCUUCCUCAGACUCCCUGGGUGAUCGAUGGAGAGAGGAGGAUGGAGUCCUCGGUGGAGGAGCUGAUCGCAGCGCCCCUCCUGUCUUCCUUCAGAGCCAACAGUUUUAAUUUCUCCUCGUCUGGCAGGGAGGACGUGGAUGUCCGGACUCUUGGAAAUGGUCGUCCGUUUGCGAUGGAGCUGCUGAAUCCUCACAGAUCCAGACUGAGCAAAGUGGAGAUGAAGCAGCUGCAGGAGACCAUUAACAAGUCUUCAGACAAAAUCAGAGUGAGAGACCUGCAGAUCGUCACCAGAGACGCCAUGAGUCGGAUGAAGGAGGGAGAGGAGGAGAAAACCAAGUCGUACACGGCGCUCAUCUGGACCCAGAAACCUAUUCAGAGGGACGACAUCACCUUCAUCGAUGACAUCAAGGAUCUGACUCUGGACCAGAAGACCCCCCUGAGGGUGCUGCACCGGCGGGCGCUGGCCGUUCGUCAGAGAGUCAUCCACAGUAUGAACACCCGCUUCCUGGACUCUCAUCACUUCUACCUGGGGCUGAAGACACAGGCCGGGACUUACAUCAAAGAGUUUGUGCACGGAGACUUUGGUCGCACCAUACCGAACCUGUGCAAGCUGCUGAAGACGGACACAGACAUCCUGGAGCUGGAUGUGGAGUCUGUGGAUGUGGACUGGCCGCCGUCCAUACCAGAGUGAACGCCGCCCUCGUCCUGUGUCUGAGAGGCCACAGGUUCCAUCUCGCCGAGACCGAACUGGUUCGGUCAGCAGCUCGGGGGAUCCUGUUCGGGAGGACCAGGAGGUUGUCUGAGAACGUAACAGUGGUAGAAGCCCCGUCGCACAGUCCUGCUGCUGCUUUGUGAAGCCUGGUCUGUUUAUGUUUCCGUUCUGGAUUUGCCUUUUUGACUGUCUUCAUCUUCAGUUGUAUCACUAGAAAAUGUGUUCUAGUGUGAUCAGUUUCAGGCAAGUGAUUGACUGUAGCCUUGCUAUCAGCAGUAAUGCUCAUUAAACCAGAUUUGUUUUGUUUUUUAAAUCAGAUUCAGACUCUUCUAUUGUUAGAUCUAGAUUUAGACCCCAGUGUGGCAAAAAAAAGUGUCCAGUUAUAUGUAUUCUCACACAAUGUUAAAGCAACUGACGAAGCAGACAUGAUCACUGUUAUCAAGUGUCUGCAAAUUAUUUUUUUCUAGCAAAAUUAACUGAAACAAACCUGAUAAAUAACAUCACAUUAAAAAAACCUGAGUCUU